AGAGGGCAAAUCCAAAAGGCUUGUGCAUUAUGAUGCAGCAACUGUCAGGUGGACAGGAGGUCUAUUUUAACGAGCCAAUCGCAUGAUACUUUGAAUACAUAGUUCUUUUACUAAUAAUCGUAAAACUGCUUUUCCUUUACCUGCAUCAACCGCAAAACUACUGUCCUGUCUGAUUUCCUCUGAACUACAAGGUGCUAUAAACUGAAGCCAUGUCUGAGGGGUGAGUAUUGGCUUCAUACAUUCCUGACUAUAUUCAAAAUAUCAAAACAUCUAUAAAGAAUAGAAAGGAGGAUCCUUCAGAUGAGGACUGGACAAAAAAUAUAAUUCACUUGAGAACAUUUGAUUGCUCUCCUUUAUUUUACAUUAUUAUUAUUUUAUUUUUAUUUUUUUACAUUGUUUCCCAUGGAUUCAUAUUAAUAAUGACAAAAAAUAUAAUUAAUUCAUGAUUAAAAAAUACUACUACUCAUUCUCUUGUUGGGUCUGUUUUUCAUUUAAUAUGGUGAUGAAGACCGGUGAGUCAAAAAAAAUACAUCUAAUAAUUCUAAACAACUUUUCAUGAGCUAUACAUAUAAACCUAGAUUAAUAGCAAUCAUAUUGUGACUUAAUGUGACUCAUUCUUUGUUGCAGAGGAAGCCAAAAUAUUCAGCAACAAGGCGACUGCAAUUAAAGUCCAAGUUGCUGAAGAAAGCAGCUUCUAUGCUGGUGGUUGAAAUUGAAGAGAGAAAACGUGAGAAGGACCGAGUGGUGAAUGAGUCUUUUCCUGCGCUGAAGCUCUCAGGUCUGUCAGUCCAGGAGCUCCAGGACCUUUGCAAACAAUUACACAACAAGCUCGAUGUUGUGGAUGAGGCACGUUAUGAUAUGGACGCCAAAGUAACCAAAAAUGAUACUGAGAUUACGACGUUGAGACAGAAGAUUACUGAGCUGAAGGGUGCCAAGAGGCCGAGCUUGAAGAGGGUGAAGAAAACAACAGAUGACAUGCUGGGCGCAUGCACCGAUUCCUCCAAACUCAUGAAGGCUGAUUUCAAGGCCAAGCUCAAGACAGUAAAGAAGGAUGAAGAAAAGAGGGAAGAAGUGACGGACUGGCGUAAGAAUGUGGAGGCCAUGUCUGGCAUGGAGGGCAGGAAGAAGCUGUUUGAUGCCGGACAAUAAAAGGACACUCGUAUUAAAAAAGGGUUGCUUAGCAACAUGUCAUCUUCCCGAUGUCAAUCCUAGGUCUGCAAUGCUCAAGUUUUUCUUUGGGUUUCUUAUUCAUGCCCCUUUGAUUUUUCAACAUACUGCUUUUAGUCAAAAUGGAGCUUUGUCCCAUGAUGAGAUGAAACUCGGUAUGUAAAUGUUUUAUCAUGACCCAAGGUACAUUUUUAUGUACAAAACACAAGUGCAUGCCUUCACAGCAGCGAUAUUAAUUUUGUGGUGCUCUAUGUAUUUUGCAUACUGACAACACGCUUGUGAUCCUGAAGUGCAGUAUGUGUAAUGCACAGACGAUGGCAGUGUCUCUCUGUAAAACGUGACUCCAAAUAAAGGACAAUAAUUUGAAUCCUGAA